CCUGCCCGUCCGACCCGCUCCCUCGGCUCUGCUUCUUCUUCCAUUCGUCUGGUUUGCCGCGCGUCCCCUCUCUCCUCGCUCGCUGACCGCUGCCCUCCCCGCCGUCCGCCCGCCCGCCUCCCAGAGAUCUCGCCGCCCGGCAGAGCCCUAACCUGCGUCCCGGCGAUGUCGCAGUUACAGCCCCAGGGCGACACCAUCCCGCUCCACCCCUCGUCGGCGCAGUCCGACAUGGACGAGAUCGAGAGCCUCAUCCACGCCGCCCCCUCCGCCGCCGCCGUCCUCCCCGCGCGGCCCUCCUCGCCUCCGCGCGCGUCCAUCCCCAUCUCCAACUCCCCUCCCGCCCCCCCUCCGGCCAGCUCCAGGCCCCAGCCGCUCCCCACGUUCUCCUCCGCGCCGCUCCCCUCCGCCUCCGUCUCCAUUCCCAUCGCCUCCGAUGGGUUCGGGUCCCCUCCCAACACGCUCACGGAGCCCGUCUGGGACACCGUCAAGCGCGACCUCACCCGCAUCGUCAGCAACCUCAAGCUCGUCGUCUUCCCCAACCCCUUCCGCGAGGACCCAGGCAAGGCGCUCCGCGAUUGGGAUCUUUGGGGCCCGUUCUUCUUCAUCGUCUUCCUCGGCCUCACCCUCUCCUGGUCGGCUUCAGUCAGGAAGUCUGAAGUAUUUGCUGUUGCUUUUGCCGUACUUGCCGCCGGUGCUAUAAUUCUCACGCUGAAUGUGCUUCUUCUGGGUGGCCAAAUCAUCUUUUUCCAAAGCCUCAGCCUUCUUGGAUACUGCUUGUUCCCCUUGGAUGUCGGAGCUCUGAUUUGCCUGAUGAAGGACAACUCCAUGCUAAAGGUCAUCGUAGUUGCAGUAACACUAGCAUGGAGCUCCUGGGCCGCGUACCCAUUCAUGAGCACCGCCGUCAACCCGAGGAGAAAGGCCCUGGCGCUCUAUCCCGUCUUCCUCAUGUACGUUUCUAUUGGCUUCCUCAUAAUCGCAAUAAACUAGGGGCAGAAUGGUUCCUACCGCGCAUUCUCAGAAGUCCGAAGAUUUUGCCGGAGUGGAGACUGGUUUUGUGUGACUCUUGUUUUGUAAAUAAAUCUUGCUCGUUCUACUUUUGUAUUUUCUUCUUCUUCUUCUUCUUCUUCUUCUUUACACAACCAAAGGUCGUGGUAGGGGUAUAGUCAGAAACUUAGAAUCCAGUAGGAAAUUAUACGUGCUGUAAAUAAAAGGCACCUCUUUUGUUUUGCACCUGGCUGGAAUAAUCUGUACGCUGCUGAUGGGGCUUUGGCUCGCUGUUGCGAUCGAACAGUUUCUUGCCUGACCAGGGGUGCUUCGUGGAA